AACUGCUAUCUGUAGCCAGCCGCUAUAUCUCGCUAUCCGCACAGAGCAGCCAUAGAGUAUCCCAGGCGGCCGUGGAAGGCUGGGUUCCGCCGAGGUUCGCUCUAUGUCACGUCCCCGGCUUGUGACGUAGCAGGCGCCGCAUUGUGAGUCGCGUUGUGUCCGGCGGUCAGUGCGCGGCUCUGGCAGCGCUGCUUUCUGCACAGCUCGCUCCGGGAGGAUUGAGGGAUAGAGCGGCGGGAUGUCGGCAUUCUCGGAGGCCGCUCUGGAGAAGAAGCUGUCGGAGCUGAGCAACUCCCAGCAGAGCGUGCAGACCCUGUCCCUGUGGCUCAUCCACCAUAGGAAGCACUCCCAGGUCAUCGUCACCGUGUGGGACAGGGAGCUGCGCAAAGCAAAGCCAAGUAGGAAGUUGACAUUCCUGUACCUGGCAAAUGAUGUCAUUCAGAAUAGCAAAAGGAAAGGACCAGAAUUCACAAAAGACUUUGCACCUGUCAUUGCAGACGCAUUUAAACAUGUCUCAAGUGAAACUGAUGAAAGUUGCAAGAAACACUUGGGCCGAGUCCUGUCUAUUUGGGAAGAAAGGGCUGUUUAUGAAAAUGAUGUGUUGGAACAGCUGAAGGCAGCCUUGUAUGGAGAAAAGAAACCAAAAAAGAGACCAUAUGAGGAAGUCAAAAUUGAACAUCAGGAUGACUAUGAGGAUGACGAAUUUUCUGCAAGAAAUUCUCCAGAAGAACCUCCACAAACCACAGAUCUCAUACGUGCAUUACAAGAACUCGAGAAUGCUGCAUCUGGUGAUGCUGCUGUGCAUCAGAGGAUAGGUUCGUUACCAGUUGAAGUUCAAGAUGUUUCUCUUUUGGACAAAAUUACCGAUAAGGAGUCUGGUAACCAACUUUCUAAGAUGGUAGAUGACGCCUGCAUGCUGCUGGCAGAUUACAAUGGUAGAUUGGCUGCAGAAAUAGAUGAUCGCAAACAGUUAACUCGGAUGCUGUCUGACUUUUUGCGUUGUCAGAAAGAGGUCCUUGAUGAAAAAGAACAGCAACUGGAAGAAUACAAGCGCAAGUUGGCAAGAGUAUCACAAGUACGGAAAGAACUGAGGUUACGUAUCCAGAACCUGCCAGAUCUAUCUCGUCUCCCAAAUGUUACAGGAAGUCGCGUUCAUUUGCCAUAUGCUGCGGAUCUCUAUAAUGAUGAUUGACAACAAAGCCUUUGGUCACAUGUGAUUGGUUACAGUGGUCUGGCUUAGUUUAGGCAAAUGUUAGUAUUAUUUUUGUAUAUUGUUAAAAGUGUGACAUAAAAUAUUUGAGUCUGAAUAAACCAUUUUUAGUGUGGUUAAAUCAUUUUACUCCCACCUCUAUUGAUGGCCUGCAGCCUUUCUAGUGGGAUUAAAAUUACUUUAAUAAGCUGUGAAGCUUAAAUAAUGUGUAUUUAAUCAUUUUCACUAUUUAAUGAAACCGUAUAUACCUUUGUACAGUCGAGUUCAACUUGUGAAUUAUGCAUUGAUGUAUUUUCACUGUAAAUUAAGGAUUUAAUUUAAAUGGAUUGCAUCUUACCUUCUGGAUAUCCAGAACAUUUCCUUUGUGAAGGUGCAGUCUGAAGUUAGAACCAUGGAAACUAUUGAUGUUCUCUAGUUUAUUGAAAUUGGUUGAUUAAAUGGCCAUGCAACUUUAGGCUUGACAUUUAAUAACCGAAUGUAUACAGAUUCAUUACAAAUCAGGCUUUGUUACUAAAGUGAGAAUUUUUGUGAAUUCAAAGUGUAUUUCACUUUGUAGCCGAACUGGAAGCAUAGCUGAUUUGGAGAUUUUUUUUUCCAGUUUGGCUGUUUUUACCUUAAAUUUGACAUUUAAAAUCCCAGCAAAAAUCUCAGUUUAGUAAAUAACCCUGAAUUGACUUUUAAAAUUGUUUUGUUUUUUUGCAUUUAUUUUAAAUGGUAGUUCCCUUUUUUGAAAUCACUGUGACUUUUUCCAAUUAAGAUCCAAGUCUGCAGUCUGCAAACUUGAAAUGCAGGCUAAAGAGAGAGUCACACCGAAGUAGAGAUGGUAUGAAAUUGAGCAAAGAUUUUGAGGAGGUUUAUGUUCCUCACUCCUUUUGGCCAAAGGUACUGCUACAGCUAAAAUAAGGUGUUCCUAUAUGGCAGGAAGCCUGGCUCUUAAUGUAGAGGAAAUGCAUGGCUACUGUGAAGUCAAUAAUAUAAUUUAAACAUAUUGAUGAUAAUGCUCUUCCACCUGCUAAAAGCAUAUGCAUACAUUUAUAGCACAUGUUGGUUUUGUUAAUCUUAUUUCAAACCAGGCUUUUAGCAUUCUUGCUUGUAUACUUUCAAGAAAGAAGUGUUAACCUUUCUAGGUCAGUAUGACUAAAAUCUGUAUUGAGAACAGAAUUGGCACUCUGUUGCAUACCACAUCAUCCAUUGCAUGUGUAGUUUCUGCUAUCUUUGUAGACUAAAAGAUUUAUUCACAUUGAUGAUAUAUUGAUAUGUCCUGCUGCUGCUCUGUGCAUCGUGUUUUGACUUUGAAAAAAAUGCAAUUAAAAAUUAUUUUUUCAUACUU